AUGUUUCAUGAUGUUGUAAAACAAUCUGCGAGUAUGCAAUCUAUCGUCAUGUUGGCGCUGAAGAAGGAGGAGGCUCCUGAAGUCUUCAGGGAGGCCAUCCUUUAUCGUGAAUGGGGCCAUCGACUGGCCAGUCUGGGUAGUUACCCAUUGGCUAUAGAUUAUUUCAAAAAGGCAUCUAAAUUGGCUGAAGUCGAGGACCUCAGAUCGUUAAUCGGUCACUGCAGAGCGCUCCUUAGAAACGCGAAGUACUUCAAAGCAGAAAAAUUGUCGGGGAAAUGUAUGACACUAGAUCCCGAUCAUUACAAAGCACGGCAGAUGCGGAUGAAGGCGCUUUUCCAGAUCGGCGAGUUCGGUCACAGCCUGGCUCACGCCUACGCGGGUAUGCGGCGGCAUAGGAUGACCUUUGAGCACGGCGUCCAUCAGGCGACCGAGACCAUUGAAGAUUGUGUCGGCCGGAACACAUCGCCUAUAGCGUUGCUGCUGCUCUAUCCGUGGAUACGACGGCUGAACGAGCACCGCGAGCUUCUGAUCGGCAAGCUCAAGGAGGAGGAGCAGGAGGAGGAUGAGUUCGAAGAUAUCGUGGAGGACGAGUCGAGAUUCCAGGUGAACGACCCGGAGGUGCAACGACAGGUGCGAUUGAAAGGGUUGCAGCGCGUUAUAGCGAAAUUGUAUAUGGGUCUCUUGGCGAUCGAUAAGGAUUUCCUCGAGGAGAUUGUGAGCCACCCGGAAAUCGUGGCCUCGGCGAACAGGAGCUCGACUUUAGAGCUGCUCGCUCUUGCAAGUACAUGCCAUCGAAACGUAAUGUGCCUGCAGGAUCUCCUCCGAAUGAGACGACCGAUCUACGUUACGCUUUUUCAACGACGAGCGAUCCCGAAGGGGCAUAAAAUGAUGAUCGAGCAGGAACGAAGAUUGCGCAGAAAUAUAAUCAUCAUACAGGCAGAUUUCCUGUUACGCUAUUUGCAUGCUGCAAGAAUUAACAAAAACUAUCGUACUUUUUUCGGAUUUAUCGAACGUAUCAAGGACAAGUUCGAUUCGUAUUCAGACCGGAUGUUUCCACUGAAACAAAAGUGCUUAGACGCACUAUAUAAAAUGGUGGCGUGGGUGUACAUUGACACGCGUAAUUUGAUGUGUCUGGAAAACGAGGAAAUGAAGACAAGGUACUUGAAGCAUCACCUGGGAAUACGAGUCGCGAUGUUGCCUCGAGACAUCGAUCUCGCGUGGAUGCCGACUGUGAAUCCAAAGGAAACGCUCAAGAUGUUUCGCAGGAGAUUAGCCCUGGCAUCCGCGCCGCUCGAACUCGUCUGGUUAUAUCAUGAAUUUUGCAAGUUUCUCAUCGACAUCAAUCGCUUCGAUCUGGCCAGAUUCUACGCGAAGAAGGGACGCGAUUUGGCGCAGAAGACAGACUAUGAUCAAUGGAUCCUGAAUAUCGAUCAUUUGACGCUACGAAUAGAGAUCCAUCAGAAUAACCGGAACGAGGCGAAAGACGCCGCGAUUUUAGCGCUUGCAUGUGCCAGAAAACUCGAUAUCGAUUACCUGAUAGAUUUCUAUGAAAGGGCCGUGCAAGCUGUGGAAGCGGAGCUGGACGUGGAACGGAUCGGUGACUUUGACGGCAUCGCUGCCAGGCAGCAGCUCAUUCUGGACCUGAUGCCGCCGGGGAUGAAGGGGGAGGUGGAUUUUCUGUGGCGGCGCAUGGACGUCGUACCCGCCAGGAGAAGACUCUCCGUCAUGCCGGGCUGCAAGCCGAUCGAUCGAAAGUUCAAAAUGCCCUCCACGCGAAGGACCAUUUUGCCCAGCCCGCGCAAGGACCCGGAAAGGGAUGCCAGAAUCGCUCUGCUGAAGCAGCACGUCCCGCCUCUCAGACGACCGGGCUUUGUGAAUUUCGAGGAAUUUGAAUGAUCAAUCCGAGUGACGGGAGAAACACCAAUAACCGU